GCUCAAGCAAAUUGACCAUCCUCUUUUGGUGUUCAUUUCUCUCUUCGUUUUCUCCUUUACUUUACCAAACCUCACUCACCAGGCCAGAGAAACCGCCGGGUCUCCAAUAUGCGGCCCCUGGUUCGAGGAUCUUUCCGGUGGCAACUUUGUCGGAGCGGUGGGAGCUUCAAUCCGGCGAACAAUUUUGGUACAAUAUCAAGGUUCCAUUCUGUUAACUGCAAUGCCAAGGCUUUUGUCGCUGAUAAUCAGAAAGAGAAAUCUGUGCUGGUUUCCGGUGAUAUGUUGCCUUCUGGUGUACCCAAAGAUAGUCUCUCCAACAUGUUGGUUGAUACUUUUGGAAGGUUCCACACUUAUUUGAGGAUAUCCUUAAUGGAACGCUGCAACUUAAGGUGCCAAUACUGUAUGCCAGCUGAUGGUGUGGAUCUCACUCCUAACCCUAAACUUUUAACCCAUAGUGAAAUUGUUCGCCUAGCAAAUUUGUUUGUAACCGCUGGAGUGGAUAAAAUCCGUUUAACUGGGGGAGAGCCCACAAUUCGGAAGGAUCUUGAGGAUAUAUGUCUUCAACUGUCGCAGUUGGAAGGGCUUAAGACUCUUGCUAUGACCACGAACGGGAUCACUUUAGCUAGAAAGCUUGUUCGCUUGAAAGACUGUGGGCUUAAUUUGGUUAACAUCAGUUUGGACACCUUGGUCCCUGCAAAAUUUGAAUUCAUGACUAGACGCAAAGGACAUGAAAGGGUUAUGGAAUCCAUUGAUGCUGCCAUUGAUCUUGGCUAUAAUCCUGUGAAAGUAAAUUGUGUUGUAAUGCGUGGAUUCAAUGAUGAUGAAAUUUGUGAUUUCGUAGAGAUGACACGUGAGAAACCGAUCAAUGUCCGGUUCAUUGAGUUCAUGCCUUUCGAUGGCAACGUGUGGAAUGUGAAGAAGCUUGUUCCUUACAAAGAGAUGUUGGACAUAGUGGUGAAACGGUUUACUGGGCUCCAAAGAAUUUUGGAUCAUCCAACAGAGACAGCUAAGAAUUUCAGGAUAGAUGGGCAUCAAGGGACCGUUUCCUUCAUUACGUCAAUGACUGAGCACUUUUGCGCUGGUUGCAACAGGUUGAGGCUUUUGGCCGAUGGGAAUUUCAAAGUGUGCCUUUUUGGUCCCUCAGAGGUUAGCUUGAGGGCUCCUCUUCGCCGUGGUGCUGGUGAUGAUGAACUAAGGGAAAUCAUUCAAUGUGCAGUUAGAAGAAAGAAGGCAUCUCAUGCUGGAAUAUUUGACCUGGCAAAAACACCAAACAGGCCAAUGAUACAUAUUGGUGGUUGACAAACAACAAACAAGCCCUCUCUCUUCAUAUAUAUAUGCCAUAAGAUGAAGAUCAGAUGAGAAUUUCCAUAGUUCGACUUCACACGGACGUUGACUUUGUACCUAUAAUGAUGCUAUAAACAAGUUACUGUCUUGUUUUUUCAACCGUAACGGUGUGUGUACCCUGCAUUGGGCAUAGAAAUGUCACAGUUUGAGCACUUGUACCCGGAUCUUUUUUUCGGGUGCCAUUUUAUUACAUGUUUUGCGUGCCAAAAACACUAAGGGG